AUGAAGAACCAUGAUUCAAGUAGCCCAAACGGGCAGACGUCUUUGAUUACACUGCCCCUGGAAAUCCGACAGAGGAUUCUCUUCUACACACUCUCUGUAUCUGACCACCGCCUCAUCCAUUCUGGCUCGCGCGCCCCCUGGGUAGAGCUGUACCGCGGCAAGCCAUCUCCGAGCCCAGCGAUCCUGUCCGUCUGCCAUCAACUCUACGCAGAAUGCCAGCAAGUUCUGUGCCGGAGCUCUAAACUGGUCGUGUACCUGCAACCGGAGACGGUGCCGCGACUGGCUCACCUCGGCAUCCGGAAAUUCGUGCGGUACCUCGACAUUGCAAUCCCUUUACUUGAGCAAGACAGCCGGAUCUCAGUCCGCCGCAAGGCCACGACACUGCUCGCGCGCCCACCAGAGAAGCUCAUCCCAAAGCUCGCAGCGACGUUCCCCAAUGUCGACACAAUCACCCUGACACUGUGCCCGAUGCUCUCACGCUCGCUGGCGGUCGUGCCGUACAUGACGGGAUGGCGCAACUACGAGCUGCGCGCGCUGCUGUCGCAGUCGUGGCUGGUCCAGAAGGCGAGCAAAGUGCGGCUGCAGCUCGACAGCACCAUGACGCGCGAGGUGCUCGAGAUGGUGCAGGCCGCGGGCGCUGGCGUCGACGACCGCGCCCGGCACCUGGCCGUCCUGCAGCGGCGACUCGCGCAGAUCAACGAGCUGCCCGCCAUGCGUGAGCUCGACAUCUACUUCACCACCCUGCUCUCCCGCCCCAGCCACAACCGCCCCAUCAUCUGGACCAUCCAGCAGCAGCAGCAGGCCGAGGCCGUCGGCCAGACCCCGCCCACGCCACCGAUGACGGCCAGCCGCGCGAUGUUGAUGCGCCAUCUGAGGACUGAGAGGCAGCAGAUGGAAGGCGUGGUGGAGUUGCUGAAGGAGCUGCUCCCGCAAGUCCGGACUUUGAACUUGUUCCGCAUGCUCUACUGGCGCGGCACCGUCAUGUAUGAGGUCGUGGAUUUGGAGAGUUCAGUUGAGCUUGAGGUCGAGAGGUUAUUGAGCCGGAGGACUAUCGGUUCCAUGCCGGCGACGACCGAGCAGCGUACCGUUGGCAUCAGAGGCGCUGAGUGA